AUGCUGAGCCUCAAAAGAAAUAAUGUUUUUUACCUUCUUGUGAGCGUGCCGAGCCUGUUCGCUUACUUUUUAAAACGACAUAAAGAUAAUGAAAAUAAUUAUGAGACAUUAAUAAAUAAUAACGACAUUGAGAAGAUUAAAAAAAUACGAAUUCAUAAUAAAUGUUCCUAUAUACCUUUAUUAUUUCUUAAUAUUUAUGAUAGUUAUAUAUAUAAGAACAAAAUAUUACGAUGGUUAUAUUUUAAGUAUAGAAAAAGAAGAAAAGAUAAAGAAGAAUACUAUUAUAUUACAAAUGUAGUAAGUAAAAAAAGAAGAGAACCAAUAAAAUAUAAUUUCAUAUCUGAUGAACAAAAUUUAUUUAAUAAAUUUUAUAUAUAUGAAAUAGUCUUAGAAUAUAGUUUGAAGUAUGGUAUAUUAUCACCACAUUUAAGUUUAUAUAUUUUAAAAAAUAUUUCAGAACAUUGUGUUAAUAUAUAUCCUUCUUUAUAUUAUUACAAUAAAUUAGACAAUAAUCAUAAUCUUGUAAAUGAAAAAAAAUUAAAAUAUUUUACACAAAUAAAUAAUGAACACAAUCAACAAGAAGCAACAAAUCCUACACAUCAUCAUAAUAAUAAUAAAAAACAAUUAGGUAUAAAUAUAUAUUCUUGUAAGAAUACAAAUAUAUCUUCUUAUUCUACAAAUAAUAAUAUAGAAAAAGAAAAUAUUAAUAUUUAUGAUAAAUAUAAUAUACACAAUUUUUACACAGAAAAAUAUAUUUCUUAUAAGGAUAAAAAUUGUCAACAUAUUACCUUAAAUAUGAUUUAUCUUUUAAAUCAAGCUUAUGAUAAUAUAUGUCGUAUUUGUUUAAACACAAACACUAAUAUAUAUAUAAAUUUUUAUAUGAUAAAUAUUUUAAAAUAUAUAUGUUAUAAAAAUAUGGAAAUUAUAUUAUUAAAUUAUAAUCACAUCGAAGAUAUAAAAAAAAAAACAAAUCAAAAGAAUAAUACUAAUACAUCAUUGUUUAAAUAUAUAUAUUCAUUUUUUUUUUUUUUUUUUAAAAAAGAAGAAAAUCAUAUAUAUGAUUUCUUCGAACAUCAAAUGAUGAAUCACUUCCAUAAAAAAGAAAACGACAAGUUCUAUAAGUAUUCAAACGAAAAUACACAUAAUAAUAUAUACAAUUAUAUAUCCGAUAAUUAUUUUUAUGAUCAUAGAAAUAGUUAUUCAAAUAGAUACUCAUUUAAGAAUCUGAAAAAACAACACACGCAUGAUAAUACAAAAAAUAAAAAUAUGGAGAAACAAAAGUAUCCAAUGAAUAAAUCUGAUCAUGAAAAGAAAAAUAAUAAUACAUGUGAUAGUAUAAAUAUACAAAAGGACCAAAAAAAAGAUAUAUUAAAAAAGAUAUAUUUUCUAAAAGCCAACAAAUUAGAUGAUAUACAGAUAUUAAACGAGUUAUAUGUCAUGAUAUAUAUGCGCUUACUAUUUGAGUGUUCCUUAAAAUUAAUUAGUAUUAAAAAAAAUAUACCCUUGUUAGAAAAAAAAAUGCAGUUUGAUAAAGACAAUAAAAUAAUAUAUUUGAAUUCAGCUGACUAUAUGAAUAAUUUAAGAAGGAAUAUAUUAAAGCGCUUUAGUAAAAAUGAAGAAAGAGAAAAAAAAAAUUCCUUUGCCUCUUUUCCUUUUCUUUUAUCUAAAAAUAUAAUAUAUUUUGAGGAUGAAAUAGGAAGAAGCAGGAAUGGUAAUAUAUACAAUAAUGUGUACGUUAAAGAAAAAAACAAAACAACAACUAAUAAUAAUAAUAAUAAUAAUAAUAAUGAAAGUAACAUUUGUAAUAAUAAUAGUUACAUUUGUAAUAAUAAAAUGUUAGAUGGAUUUUAUGAAGACAACAAAAUUAACGAUUAUAAUACAAGAAAAAAAGAAAAAAGGAAAAGCAUUUAUGAACUUGCUAAGAUAUAUAGUAAUAAUAUUUUUGAUUACUUGAAAGGUAAAAAAGAAAAACAUAAAAAUGAAGAUAAUACAAUAAAUUUAUGUUACAUAAAAAAGAGGUUCCCUUGGAUUUUUUAUUUAAAAAAUAUAAUAAUAAAUAAGGAUACUUCUUUUAUAGAACAUAAUAAUACUGUAAAUGAUGAUGUUAAAAAUAAUAAUAUAAUGUUCAAAAAAAAGUAUAAUUUAUUUGAAUCAUCUAUCAUAUCUUAUUUUUAUAUAAAAGAUAUAUACGAAUAUAAUUAUGAGCUCAGAUUAUAUUAUAUGUAUAAUAAUAUUAGAAAAAUAUUUUGUACCUAUUUUUUAAAAAUGAAUGAAUAUAUAAAUAGGAAAUUAUAUAAAAUGAAAAGAGCAUUUAAUUAUUAUAUAUAUAACUUUGAUCAAUUUAUUAUAAAUAAUUAUUAUCAUAUCAUACAUAAAAAAAAUAUACAUAAAAUUCACAUUCAUUUAAAGGAAUGUGGAGAUAAAGAAAUCGAUAUUGUGAAAUUUAAAGAUUUAUAUUACUCUAUGAUUAAUAAUAUAAAUAACAUAUUUUCAUAUAUACACAAAGUAGACCACAAGGAAUGUGUAUACAGAAUAUUUAAGGCUUAUAAUAAAAUAUUAUUAUAUGAAUAUAAUUAUUUAAAUGAAAAAGAAAAUAUAUACUACAAAAAUAAAAUUAAAAAAUAUCUAACAUAUUUAAAUAAUAAUAUAUCUAAUGAUUUAUAUCCAUAUAAUAAAUCUUAUAAUAAAAUUAAUAAUCAAAACAAACAUAAAAAUAAGAAAAACUUUUCACAUAUUUUUUAUGCACUAAAAAAUGAUAUAAAUCUUCUAUUAUUUUUAUAUACACAACGUAUUCAAAAUUGUUGUGAUAUAUUCUCAUAUAUAUAUAAAAAAUAUAAUUUUAAUCAAAACCCUUUUUUAAAUUAUUUAUAUUAUGAAUUACAUUUUAUUGUUUAUCCUGAAAAAAAAAAAAAAAAAAAAAAUUUUUUUUUCUCCUUUAUUUCUUCUUCUACAUAUAAUUAUGAUACUAUCGUCAACUCUUUUACUUUUUCUUAUUUUUUUUUCUCUUUAUCAUAUCUCUUGUUCAUUUUGUUUUAUCACCCUGACAUGUAUGCUUCUUAUUUAUUUUUUAAAACACUAACAUAUUCAGGCCUCCCUACGUAUUAUUAUAGUUUAUAUAAUAAUAUUAUGCUAGUGUGGGCUACCCAAACUUGA